AUGGCCAGAGAUAUUGAUGCAAAAGUCCAUUAUCCACCGACCUUGGAUCAAUGGAUCAACCAAUGCCGGCCUCUGAACGCAGUGCGUCCACUGACGCCCCAGAAACCAGACCUGGUGCGAUGCGACAAGUCAGUCCCCAGCUGUCGAAGAUGCAACCGAUUAGGAGUUGCAUGUCCUGGCUAUGAACCAGAUCACGGCUCCAUGUCCAGGUCCGACAUGCUCAAGUCGACAGACGACAUCUUCAAGGCGGCUGGAGUUGACAAGCGUCGGAUUGGGUCGUGCAACGAGUGUCGGACAUCUAAGAGCCGGUGCACCAGAACGAGACCAACUUGUCAACGAUGUAGAAUGAGAGGUCUUGGUUGUGUCUACCGAGGACUCGGUGCCGACAAAGAUUCAAGUGUCAGUCCCUCCGAUCUUACCUCUCAUAAAGGCCCUGAUGAGAUGUCAGGGGUAAAUGCUGGACUGUACUCGGAGGUUAUCCCAGAAGAUCCUGCCUUGCUCUCCCGCCUCAUCAAUACGUAUUUCGAUCGUUUCCACCAUCUGAGAUGCCUAGCGUUUAUUCACAAGCCAUCGUUCAUGCACUCAAUGGCUCGAGCCAGUGUCAUUCAGGACUACAGCGAAUCUCUACUGUACGCCAUGUGCGCUUUGAGUGCGAGGUGUAUUUAUCUCGACUCUUUACAUGCCUCAUCAGAGCCAAACCAUGAACCUGGGCCUAUCCCGGGCGAUGUUUGGGCCGAAAAAGCCAGGAAGAUGGUGUUUGACGAAAUUCACCUCCCGACCAUUCACCAAAUAAUGACCAUGAUUCUCCUUUUCUUCAUGCUCUGCGGCUGCGUGUUCCGCGCUAUGCGUCUACUCGGCCUUGAUAGUCCCCCGCAACACCUCCAAGCGGCGGCUCAACUAUCUGGAAAUCUUGAACAAGAGAUCAACCACAGGAUAGUAUGGGCGUGCUAUACAAUCGACGUUCUUCUGUCAUCGGGAGUGGACAAGAACUCUUCUUGGCGGGAAGACAUUCCUCAAGUGCCAUUGCCAUGCUCUGACAAGGACUUUUUGCUUCAGACACCAUCACGCAAGAGAUUUCUCUCCGGUAUCGAACAGGAAGACAUGUCGACGUUCGUGAAAGACCUCGACCUCUUGCCACUAGUCACCGUGUUGGUUAGAUUGCGAGGCAAAGUCCUUCGAAUCAUCCGAACCUUGCCGCCCACUGACGCAAACAUAUGGGACUCGUCUUCACCAUUCAUGCUUCUCAUUCGAGAGCUUGACACCUUCUACGAGAGUCUUCCGGAUAGACUGCAGAUCACUGAACUCAACACUUACAUACACAAGGACCAGCACACAAUCGGGGCUCUCUUCUACCUCCACCUGAUGUAUAAUGCUGCCAUAUUUGACCUCACGAGGAUAUCUCUAGCUGGAUUCAGCUUCCCUCUGGCUGCAUCAUUUCAGCACGCACCGCCCGAGUUCCGCUCUCAGUGUCAAGAACGUUGUCGCUUCCACGCUGCAGCAGUCUCAGAUAUCGUCCGGCAAGGUCUCACACACGGCCGUGUCGCAUUUGAUGACAACUUUUGCGCAGAUGUGGCGCUCGAGUCUAGCAAAGUACAAAUCAUCCAUUCAGCGACGGUGGCAAACGACGACCAGUCCACGGAAAAGACGAGACAGAACUUGAGGACGACACUCCAGCUAUUUGACCUUUUGCAUGCGAAUCAAGAUGGCCAGAGCACAUAUGUACGGACAUUGUUACCUCUGUGCAUUCUCUUUGGCUUCCGCGACAUCGCAGAGGAAUGGCGAGACUCUCAAACGCCCCAUCGCAUGUCACCUGAAGUAACUGGCACCGCAGAGGUUCACCAUUUGGUCAGCUUCGCCCCAUUCCGUAGAGCGCAGACAGAGAUAAAGGCACGGCAGAGCGCCAGUCCGAGGACCCUUUCUUCGUCUGCAAUCUCGGCUUCGCAAUCUGCGCGACGUGCAAACGAAGAGCGGCCGCCCAUCAACUCUGUUGACAAUGCUGGCCCUGAUCAGCAUCUCGUCGCUGUUCCCAACCCGGGACCUAUCGCCCACAACCAAGCAAUGCAGGUCAUGGCGCAGGAGAUGGAUACAGAUCAGAUAGAUAUGACGGAUCUACACAUGGUUCAUCCCUCUAUGGAGGACUAUAUCCGGACAGCGGGUGAAAUGUCGGACUAUUUGACAUGGAACAUGUCUGAGCUGCCUGAUCUGUCCAUCUGGACUGACUUUGGAGGUCAAGAUCCGUCUUCUGGCUGA